GAGAGGGAGAGAGGUUUUUAAAGGCGAGCGUGCGAAGUGGGUGGAAUUGGACUCGGCUGCCGCUCUAUUAAAACCACGAGUGGAAGUUUUCUUCUCCGUGACCUCCCGCCCGCUUCGCCAACCCACCACCCAUCCGUUUCACGUUCCCCUGCCUCCUCCUUAACAAUGGCAGUACAGGCGCAGUACCCGUCCAAUCUCCCCUUCCACGACAGAGGCGAGCCGGAGAGGAAGGAGAUGGACAUGCCCGGGCCGCCGCAGCUCGCCGGAGUCUCACCGGCGGCUCUCUACUUCUCCAGCGGUGGAGCGAGUGGGAAUCGGAGGAAGCGACCCAGGGAAGCUAUGGCGCCACCGCCGGCCAAGGAGGAGUACGUCAACCUGUUCACGCUCCAGCCGCAGCAGUCGACGUCGAUUGCCUACAUGGCGCACUUGCAGAACCAGAAUAGGUUCUCCUCAUCACCGUCCCCUGCCGCGACCGCGCUCGUGUCCACUGGCCUCCGUCUGGCAUUCGACGGGCAGCAACAGCAACAGGAGAGCAAACAGAUGAAUGCCUCGUGCUACUCGUCGUCUCCCUCUCUGUUCGCCUCCGUCUCCGACGAGCUUGCCACGCAGGUGAAGCAGCAUGAUGAGGAGAUCGAUCGAUUCAUCCGAGAACAGGGCGAGCAGCUCAGGCGGGCGUUCGCUGAUCGGUUGCGGCGCCACAACCGCGCCAUUCUGGUCAAGGCCAACCAGUGCGCCGCGCGCCGGCUACGCGAGAAGGCAGCGGAAGCGGAGCGCGAGGCGAGACGAGGCGCCGAGCUGGAGGACCGGCUCGCGCUCCUCCGCGGCGAGGCAGCGGCGUGGCAAGCGAAGGCCCUCUCCGAGCAGGCCAUCGCGGUCACCCUGCACGCGCAGCUCCAGCAAGCUGCAGCCGCGGCGCGGGCAUCGGUCGAGGAGAUCGCCGGCGGCGAUGCGGGCCCGGCGGAAUCCUCGUCGUCGGCGUACGUGGACCCUCGCCGCACCCAGGGAUCGUCAGACCGUGCGUGCCUCAGCUGCCGCCUCAGGCCGGCCUCCGUGGUGCUCCUCCCCUGCAGGCACCUCUGCCUCUGCGGCGAGUGCUUCGCCGGCGGCGACGUGGACGUGGCAAUGGCGUGCCCGGUGUGCCUGUGCGUGCGGACGGGGAGCGUGGAGGCCAUCCUCUGUUGAGCUGUCGUGCUCUCAUCCGGCCAUCCAUCUCGUGAGCCGGUGAGUGCAUGAUUUGGGGGCAUCAAUGCCUUCCCGAAAAUGAAAAAGAAAAAAGGUUGUAGGACGGCUAGAUUUUUUUAUUUCAAGUUUUUGUUCAUAUUUCAACUCCUUCACCGCGGAGUAUUUCUUCCUCAAAUCUCCUUCUAUACUUGGGGUUUAGGAGAAUUCAAUUGAUAAGUUCAUUGUUAAUAGCACCCAGCAAGUGCAGCAGGUGACCGGUGGUGCACCUUAUUAAUUUC